UUCUCCGACCGCGACACCGAUUGAUAACCGCCACCCCCUCACCCCUCCACCACGCGCACGCCACUAGUCACGACACAAUCUCGUACUUGCGCUCACCGCGAUCACCUGGCACCCGUUCCCCGCCCCGCCCCCACUGAGCUCGUACGACUUACGUAUUUCGGACCGUUUAUCGUCUAGCCCGACGAAGACGCCUUCGUCGCCACUUCGGUUUACCGUAUUAUCAAAAGCAAAAAAAAAAAAAGAUCAUAAAAAUCUGUUGUUUCUAUCGAUCGUUUUAUACGUCUUCGACGUGCGAGAAUCGUUCGGGCGCGCAACACCAAAAGGCUCAAUGACCUAGUUCAUCAACCUUGGCACAUCGACGCGUUAUCUGUUUUCGUGUGUGUGUUUUCCUAAACGCGCGCGCGCGCUCGUCCGGCAGUCCGCCCCCCUCUUACACCUAAACAACAAUAAUAAUAAUAUUGUUUCGACUUCAUAAUAUUGUUUUGCAUCUGUUCGCGACCGAUAAGAACUUUGGGACACCGCUACUACCCUUGUCGCUGGGGACCACCUCGUCCGAGCAUCGAUCAGCAGCAGCAGCGGCGGCGGCGGAGGUUCGUCAUUGUUGUCCUCUCUGUUGUCUGGCCACCGCAGUUUCCCUCGAACGACCAUGGACGGCACUGAACGAGGUUUAAGAUUGGACAAUAAUCUGUCACUGAGUUCAAUGGGUCCUCAGUCGCCUCUAGACCUCAAACCCGAUACGGCUACUCUAAUGGUUAAUUUCAGCCCUCCUGGAGAUCCUCUAAGCCCCGCAGGAUUAUACAGUGUUGACCGGAGCAAUAUGAUGAAUAAUUCUUGCAACGUACAAGACUCUCCAAAUUAUCCACCCAACCAUCCACUCAGCGGUUCAAAACAUCUGUGUUCCAUAUGUGGAGAUCGUGCAAGUGGAAAACAUUAUGGAGUCUACAGUUGCGAGGGAUGCAAAGGGUUUUUUAAACGCACUGUGAGAAAAAAUUUAUCUUAUGCAUGUCGUGAAGAAAACAAAUGCAUCAUCGACAAACGCCAACGAAAUCGAUGCCAGUACUGCAGGUAUCAAAAGUGUUUGACCAUGGGCAUGAAAAGAGAAGCCGUUCAGGAAGAAAGACAACGUACAAAAGAUCGAGAUCACAAUAAUGUCGAAGUUGAACCCACAAGCAGUUCUAAUACUGACAUGCCAGUGGAACUUAUUUUAAGGGCUGAGAAUAAAGCCGAUGCUAUAAAGACUGAACAACAGUACAUAGAGCAACAACAUCCUCAACAUACUGUUGGCGCCAUUUGUCAGGCAACUGACAAGCAAUUAAUACAACUUGUUGAAUGGGCCAAGCAUAUACCGCAUUUUAAAAAUUUACCUCUGGGCGAUCAAGUUUUAUUGUUGAGAGCUGGUUGGAAUGAGUUGAUGAUUGCUGCAUUCUCCCAUAGAUCGAUCAGUGUUAAAGAUGGUAUAGUCUUAGCUACUGGACUUACUGUCGACAGAGAUUCUGCUCAUCAAGCUGGAGUUGAAGCUAUAUUUGAUCGUGUACUUACUGAACUCGUCGCUAAAAUGAGAGAUAUGGGUAUGGAUAGAACUGAACUUGGCUGCUUGCGCACUAUCAUUCUUUUUAAUCCAGGUUCAAAAGGUUUACAGUCUGUGAAUGAAGUGGAAGUACUACGUGACAAAGUUUAUGUUGCAUUAGAAGAAUAUUGUCGCACAACACAUCCAGAAGAACCUGGACGAUUCGCUAAACUACUUCUUCGGCUCCCUUCAUUACGGUCAAUUGGUUUAAAAUGUCUGGAACAUUUAUUCUUCUACAAACUUAUUGGAGAUUCACCAAUUGAUACAUUUUUAAUGGAAGUUCUUGAAUCAUCAUCACAUGACGUUCAAGUAGCUACAUGAUUUCCAACAAUGUUGCUAAAUAAUAAUACCAUUACUUGUAUCUUAUGUUUUUACAUUUAAAUUUUGUUGGCUAGAUUAAAAUAUGUAUACAGAAUUGUUUGUAGAGAUUUUCUUCAUAUUUAUAAAUUAUCAUUUUUUAUAGCAAUUUAUUUCAAUUGAUCACUUGACCAAUUAAGGAAUUUAUAUGAAUUAAUGAUUAAGAGCGUGUUUGGAUAACAUUGAUUUAAAACAAGAUAGAUAUUAUUUUAUUUUAAUUUUAAAAUACUAUCAUUUCUUAACCUUAAUUUUAAGUAGCUUAAUAAAUAAGAUUUGUUUUUUUAUGGAUUAUUAUUUUUCUAACAGUUAAAAAUUAUAAAUGUAUGUUCAAUUUUGAUAAUUUAAUAAUCGUUAAAAUUCACACCUUAUUAUUGUUUUACAACUUGCCAUAAUUUUUUUUUGUUAACACAUCAUUUUUUAUGUGGCUAUGUAAUUUUAUCAUCAUACAUGUUCUAUUUUAUUAAUUAAAUCUAUUAUUACCUAGUAGUAUAUUUACUAUUCACAAAUUUAUAUGACAUACUUUAUUAAAAAUCUAAUAUUUUAUUUUACUUUAAAACAAUUUUAAUUUUAAAUUAACUUUCUCAUAUUAGUAUCAUGAAUUUGUAAAAAAUAAUUAUCCAAACACGUAACUUUGUCACAAUUAUAUUAAAUAUUCAUUAAUGUAUAUAUUAACUUUUUUUUUUUUUAAAUAAAAUUUAUUAUUAAUAAUAUAAUGAUAAUAUUCAGGUAGGGUUUUAGGAAAACAUAAAAGUGGAGUUUUAACUCAAUUUUCAGUAUUAUUCGAGUGUAAUCAAGUUUUAUUUCAAAGUACUAUUAGAAGUUUAAUUUGAUUAAUUUAUUGUUUGACUUGAGAUUUAAAUACAUAGUUUAAAUAUAUUUUGUAUUUAUCUCAAUAUGUAUACUUUAUUAUUAUAUACAUACUAUCUAUAAACAUUCUUUUAAUCGAGCUGUAUAAAUCAACCAUGAUAAUUAUUUUAAAUAAUCUUGCUUCAUAAUAUAUUAAAAACAUUAAAUGUAUAAUGUCAUUGUUUCGAAAAUAAUUAUUUUACUACUUAAAUAAAUUUCUAUCAUAAUUAAAUAUAAAUAUAUAAGUUAUUAAUAUUUUAACCAACUACUUACUGACAAUGUUUACUUAAACUAAAAUAUUAUCGUUUAUUUAUAUAAUUUGUUUUGUAAGAAUAUUUAACUAUAGAAAAAUAUUUUUUUUUGUAACUGCUGAAAAUAUAAAUUUUUUACAAACAAAUAUUGAUAUAAAAAUGAAAAAUAUUUUUCCAAGAAUUUUUCCUAUAAUAAAUAAAACAAAUUUCUAAUUUUUUUUAAAAAAAAAAAUUCCAUUAUGGCGCUUCUAAAUUCAAAAAAUAAAUACACUGUAUUGGUUUUUAAAUACCAAUUACUAUUUAUAUUUAACUAUUAACCAAAAAAGACCUAUUAGUUAUAAAAAAAAUUAAAUUGAGUGAUUGUUGUUCCAUGUGUAAUUAUUUUCAAAAUUGUACUACCUAUCUUAAUUUUAUACCUCAUUAUGUUUAGGAAUUUAUUUUAAAAUUUAAUGAAAAAUGAAUAAUGGUUUAUUAUUAUUAUUAUUAUUAUUAUUCAAUGUAUAUAAUUUUAUUUUUUUUAACUUAUUAUUAUAUUUACUAUUAUUUUUAAUAAAAUACUAAUCAUUAUAAUAUGACAUUGUAAGUUAUUAAUUAUUAAGAUGGUUACGGUAUUAUAAUAUGUAUGAAAAUUAUGUUAGUUAAUAGAGUUUUAGGUUCCUAGUAUUUUUUAUGUGACUCUUGUUUUCUUAUUAUUUAUUUUAAUUUAAUGAUAUAUAUAUUUUUUUUUUUUUUUAAGAACAUAUUUUUUUAUAUAAGUGUUUUAAAUUUAAUCUCAAGUUUAUUUCAUACAUUUAUGAAAAAAUAUUAAAUUUUUAAAAUAAAAGAGUUACACUGCAAGUUAUAUAAAAUAUAAAUGUUAAUUUUAUAAAUGUAUAAAAAAAAAUUAUAGUUGAAAAGGAACAUAUUAUAAUAUACUAUAUUAUCAAUAUAUUAUUCA